AUGAAAAGAGUGGUAAUUGUUGGUUCUUCAAAUACUGAUCUUAUUGGAUAUUGUGAGCGUUAUCCACAACCUGGAGAAACUAUUCUUGGUAAAGAAUUUCACACUGGGUUUGGAGGAAAAGGAGCAAAUCAAUGUAUUAUGGCAUCUAAAUUCAAUGAUGUUGAAGUUUCUAUGGUUGGUUUCUUAGGUCAUGACCAAUUUGGCAAUUCAACUUUACAAAACUAUAAAGAUAAUGGAGUUAAUACUAGCCAGAUCCAUUUUUGUAAUUUACCAACUGGUGUUGCAAUGAUCACUGUUGAUGAAACAGCACAAAACCAAAUCAUUGUUAUUCCAGGAGCAAAUGAAGCACUUACUCCUCAAUUUAUAAGUGCUAAUGCCAAUGACAUUUUUAAAAAAGGAGAUAUCGUUGUUUGUCAAAAUGAAAUUCCUCUCGAAGCCACAUAUGAGGCAUUAAAACAAGCUAAACAACAUGGUUGUCUUACAUUAUGGAAUCCUGCUCCUGCACCAAAAGAAAUUAACCGUAAUAUCAUAAAAUAUGUUGACACACUAAUUGUUAAUACUAAUGAAUCAAUGCAAAUUGGUAGUGAAAAUACACCUGAAGAAUCUGCACUUAAAUUACAUAAAGAAUUUGGAGUUCUUGUUAUUGUUACAUUAGGAGAUAAAGGUUGUUUAAUUGUUGGAGAUGAACAAAUUAAAAUUGAAUCUGUCCGUGUCAAUGCCAUUGACACAACAGGGGCAGGGGAUGCAUUUGUUGGAAGUUAUGCACGGUGUUGGGCAAUUGGACUUGAUCCAAAGAGAUCAGCAGAGAUUUCUGUUAGAAUAGCUUCAGACUCUGUUACUAGACAUGGGACUCAAUCAUCAUAUCCAAAUAAAGAACGAAUUCAGAAAAUUAUUUCUGAAAUAAAUUAA